UCAACAACUAACCUUCACACCAUCACUCCAACUACUCAAUCAACUAACCAACUCAACUCAACCAACUUCAACCCAAACCACUCAACUUCAACCACAACCAACUCAACUUCAACUCAAUCAACCACCUCAACCCCA